AAUAAUAGUAGUUGCUUCGCCUAUAUAGAGCAGAAAGACCGUUGCGGCGUUGCCUAUUUGACCUAUAAUUAUCAUCUUCCCAAAUCCCUCUACAUUGUCGGCUCCGAUUAUAAAAAGGUCAGGCCAGGCCAAAGGUGAAAAUCUGAAGAGAACAAAGAGUUGUGGAGAGAGUUUGAGUGAUUCUAGGAGAUGGAAGAAGAAAGAGUGGGAAGCUCGAAGAGGCCCUUUCGAGGUAUCGUAGCAGAUCUCAGAGGAAGAGCCUUGUGUUACAAGCAUGACUGGCUCGCUGGUCUUCUUUCUGGUUUCGGGAUUUUAGCACCGACGACAUAUGUCUUCUUCGCCUCUGCGCUUCCGGUUAUUGCCUUUGGCGAGCAACUGAGCCGUGACACAGAUGGAGUGUUAAGCCCAGUAGAAACGUUAACAUCAACAGCGUUAUGUGGAGUGAUACAUUCGAUACUAGGAGGACAACCACUGUUGAUACUUGGAGUUGCAGAACCAACUGUCUUAAUGUACGUUUACUUGUACCACUUCGCUAAAGGAAGACCAGAACUGGGGAAAGAACUCUUCUUAGCUUGGGCUGCUUGGGUAUGUGUGUGGACGGCUUUGUUACUGGUUGUAAUAGCGAUAUUCAACGUAGCUGAUAUCAUUAACCGAUUCACGAGGAUCGCUGGUGAGCUUUUUGGUAUGUUGAUCGCCGUUCUAUUCAUCCAACAAACCAUAAAGGGAAUGGUGAGCGAGUUUAAGAAGCCAGAACAGGAUGACUCAACACUUGAGAAGUAUCAGUUCCAGUGGCUCUACACAAACGGACUACUCGGCCUCAUUUUCACCUUUGGCCUUCUCUACACAGCUCUGAAGAGCAGAAAAGCUAGGUCUUGGCGAUAUGGAACAGGAUGGUACAGAAACUUCAUAGCAGACUAUGGAGUUCCUCUGAUGGUUGUGGUUUGGACUGCAUUGUCUUUCAGUACGCCAUCAAGACUCCCCUCUGGUGUCCCUAGAAGACUCUCUAGUCCUCUUCCAUGGGACUCUGCUUCUUUAGGACAUUGGACUGCCAUCAAGGACAUGGGAAAAGUCCCUCCGGCCUACAUUUUCGCGGGUUUUAUCCCCGCGUUGAUGAUCGCAGGGCUCUACUUCUUUGACCACAGUGUUGUAGCGCAGCUCGCGCAGCAGAAGGAGUUCAACCUCAAGAACCCUUCUGCCUAUCACUACGACGUCCUCUUGUUAGGUUUCAUGGUUUUGGUCUGUGGAUUGCUCGGUCUGCCUCCUUCCAACGGAGUCCUUCCUCAGUCUCCAAUGCAUACCAAAAGCCUAGCUGUUCUCAAACGACAGCUAAUCCGGAGGAAGAUGGUGAUGACAGCUAAAGAAAGCAUGAGAAAGAGAGCAAGCUCCUCACAAGUGUAUGAGAACAUGCAAGAAGUCUUUAUAGAAAUGGACAAAAGCCCACUUGUUCAGACAAACACAACACACGUAAUGGAGCUGCAAGAUUUGAAAGAAGCAGUGAUGAAGAAAACUGACGAGGAAGGAGAUAGCAGUGAGGAGGGUGGUUUCGAUCCAGAGAAGCACCUUGAGGCUUUCUUGCCUGUUAGAGUCAACGAGCAGAGAGUGAGCAACCUGUUACAGUCACUGCUAGUGGCAGGUGCAGUGUUGGCUAUACCUGCCAUUAAACUCAUACCAACUUCUCUCCUAUGGGGUUAUUUCGCAUACAUGGCCAUCGAUAGCCUCCCAGGGAAUCAGUUCUUCGAGCGCACAGUGCUUCUCUUCGUCCCACCAAGCCGGAGAUUCAAGGUCUUGGAGGGAGCACAUGCGUCGUUCGUGGAGAAGGUUCCGUUUAAGUCAAUGGCUGCGUUCACAAUGUUACAGAUAUUCUACUUUGGACUGUGCUACGGAGUGACGUGGAUUCCGGUGGCCGGAAUCAUGUUUCCGGUCCCUUUCUUCCUCUUAAUAGCCAUCAGACAGUACCUUCUCCCGAAGCUAUUUAAACCGGCGCAUCUACGAGAACUCGAUGCCUCUGAGUACGAGGAGAUCCCUGGAACUCCUAGGAACCCUCUUGAGCUGUCUUUCAGGUCGACUGGCUCGAUGAGAGACGUCCUAGAGUGUGAUGCUGAGAUCUUAGACGAGUUAACCACGAGCAGAGGGGAGCUUAGAGUCCGUCCAGCUAGUCUUAGUCCAGACAAAGGCCACCAGAUUUACCCCAACGAGAUAGUAGAAGCAGGAGAGGGGGACAUGAAUACUCCAAGAGAGUGAUCUAUCAACGAUCACAAUGACCAUGUGGUAUAUGUGAAUCAGAAGACCGAUGAUAUUAGGGUUUGUGUCCUUAAAUAAACCCAAGAUGACGUGUUUGUCAAGAUAAUGUUUUUAGUAGUAAGAAUUUUAUAAGUACUGGAUAAAUCUUAAACCGAGCAGGGAAAAUUAUCAUUUUCUUUUUCUUUUGCUUAUAUUAAAAUUUAUGAAUCAAUGUUUCAUAUUUUGUUAUA